AUGAAUGCCGACAGCGGCGGCAGGGGCAGGAAAGGCAGCAAUGACAGGGGGAAGGGGAGCAAGGCAACGUCAUCGUCGGCCUUUUCCACCGCGUCGUCCUUAGGUUCUAAUGGUUCCGGCCGGCCCCCUGAGGCCCCCCCACCUCUAGGCCGGAGAGACUUGGACGACGGAGCCCAUCACCUUAACCACAAGAAGGGGCUGGGAAGCUUGUCGUUCAAGCGAAAAGGCAGCGGUGGUGCAUCGAACUCUUCUUUGUCCGCGGCCAACGUGCCGUCCAUGGACCUAGACUCGGGCUUUCUGUCGGACGGGGAAGCUGACGUGCUGAGCCCCGAUCACAGGAGCCCGGCAGGAGUUUCGGUCGAUGCCUCUGGUGGCCGGAGGAAGAGUGGGGGGUUGAAGGGGGGCCCUAGGGAUGAUCUAUCUUCUUCUUCGCAGGACGGGAAGAUAUCGUCGGGGUCCGUGGGCGGCGGCAGCGGCGACGUCGGCGCGUCGUUCGUCCAGUCCAUGGACUCUCUCGGGCUACCACCGGACUCCUCUUCUUCGCCGGCGUCGAGCUCCGGCGUUGCUGUCGGGGCGGCGGCUCACCCCCUGCGAGGCCUCCGGGCGAUAGGGGACCACUCUCGGCGCUCCUCGGACAACAGCAGCGCCGGCUCUGCUGCGGACCAGCGACAGUGGACGCCAUCCGUUGGAAGGCGAGCCCCGGCGAGCGCGGGCGCCGGUUCCGACGGCAGCAUGUCCUCCUCCUCCAUCGCGUCCGCGUCAGCAGUACCCGGCCACAGGGCCAACGGGUCAUCCCGCUCCUCCUUCACCCUCCUCCGCAAGAAGCUGACCCGGUCGGCGUCGCUGGAGAGCGAAGACAGCCGGCUUAGAGGAACCGAGUUCGGAGGGCCGGUGGGGUACAGGGGCAGGAGUGGGGGGUCUGGGGACGGGCUCAUCGGCGGAGGAAGCGGAAGCGGAAGUGGGGGAGGGGUGCGGGGAAGAGGGAGAGACGGAAGCGCGGCCCUAGGAACGGUCUACGUGAGAUCGCGGUCGGUGCUGGACGAGGCGUUGCCGACGACGGAUCAACAGCAGGCUGCCUUGGAAUUGAGCAACGACUUCGAUCAGCACGUGGACGUGCUCGCCGACGGCCACCCCCGCCGCAAGGGCCUAGUCUCCCGGAUGCGCCGAACGGCCUCGAACGUCAUUCGUCACCCCUUCCGAAGCAGCAGCAGCAACAGCGGCGGCGUCUCCCGCCCGGGCGCCGCUGACCUUACCGGCAGCGGCGGCGCGCACAACGCCCCCUUCGGCAGCGGCGACGGUGGCGGUAGGCAGGGCCAGCGGGGAGGAGGGGCGAGGGGAGGAGGAGGGGGCUCCGCGGGGGGCAUGGGGGUGGUACCCGCCCUCAGCAUCAGCAGCGCGUCGCCGGGGUCUGUGUCGACGGCGGUGCCGACGCCGUCCGCGGCGACGCCUGCCAGCGAUCGAGAUCAAGAGAUUGGCACGGGCGUUGGACCGGUGAGGUAG